UGUAAGCGCGCGGGCGGCGGCCGCCCGCCCUUUGCGGAGGCGACGCGGGGAGCGGGAGAACGGUUAGCAGUGCGGUGUGCCAGUCGCUGGUAAGAACAGAGCUGAAAGAGCGAAGAUAAACGGUGCUGACCUGCCUACUGACAAAAUGAAACAUGACUGAUACAGAUGAAUCUCAGGCUUCUGGUUCUGAUCACUCUGCUCAAGAUUUAGUAUUCACUCUGCAGAAGGAAUCAUCUGAGGUAUGUGAAUUAAAUACACAAAGAAAGUGUUCAGGCUCUGGGCAGAAGGAUGGAUCUCCUGAGGAGUCUUCAGAUGAGCUUAAUAGUAGACAUAAAUCAACUGCUUCAGAUAUGGCCUGUUUGGACAGCAGUGAUUCAGAAAUUGAUGUUUCUGCUUCCAGUGGCAGUGAAUACUAUACCAAGUGCUGCACUGAACCUUCCAAGCGAAAAAUUAGAUCUCAACCUUCAAGGCAACAGGCAGAAUCUCUUGCAGGAGUGCCUGAUGUUGACAGUUCAGAUUCUUCUCUGUCCACUCAAAGUCCAGUGAAAUCACCUAAAACUUCUAAACAACAGAAGUCAAAGCUCAAUUUGAAAGCCAUUUUUGCCUAUCACUUCAGGGGAAAGAAGUUUAAGGCAACUGCACACCGAAAAUAUAAAGGUGGCUCAGGGAAGAGGAAGAAAAAGUAUGAGAGCACACAGAUGCCUAUAGGGAGGCCCCCACUGACAGCAUCACCACAAGAGCAAAAGAAAAGGCUUCUAGAUAGAGGCUUUCAGUUCCCUUUUUUGGAAAAACAUUAUGGGAAGAAACAUAUCCCUUUAAAGAUGGUUCUUGGCUAUGAGCAAGCAGCUGCAAAGGGAUAUUUCCAGUACAUUGAAAUGCUCAAAUACGAAGAACAUCUCAAAAAGGCUUUAAAAACUCUUAAAGCUAGUGAAGACUUGGAAAGAGAAUGUCUGGCAGUGCGGAAACACAAGUAUUUAGAUGAUGAAGGCCCCAUUUCCCCUAUUCAGGAGACAAAUGAUAACAGCUUGGAUUCUGAUAAUCAAGAAGACUGUGAUGCGAGAGUAGUGGAGAACAGCUGUUUCGUUUUAAGUAGCAAAAUUCCCAACAAGAAAAAAUCAAAGACAGAAAUGAAACCUGCAAAAUCAACUGGAGUGAUUGAAGGAGAAAAAGAAUAUGAUGCUGAGAACUGGCUUCUGCAGGGUUCAGUUCAGUGAACGGAAAGCUUAAAAAAUGAGCUGGUGGUGGCCAUGUUUGACAGACCUUUCAUUGCCUUCCUGGACUAAAUGGUCGUUCUGAAGUGAACUUUGUGCUAUCAAUCAAGGAACCUAAUCAGGUUUGGUUUAAGUUUGUUGCUUUGGGGAAAUGGAAUACUGCCCAGUUUUCUUGGUGAGAGACUGUUCAGAUGAGUAUACCAGCUCUGCCACAGUGAGCAGUUGUUCAUAACUGAUUUGGACUACUUCAAUUCUUGCAGCUGUUUUUCUGGCCUUCUGUUAUCUCACCACAUUUUUGUGGAAAAUACUGAGCCUGUAAGUAGAAGAGGUUGUUGUUAAUACUUUUAUGAUGGAUGGCACCAUGUCUCUGGCUUCAAAAGAAAUGCUUGUGUUUUAGGCUUAACACUUAGACAUUAAGGCAGCAUAACUUGACUACAGCCUACCUGCUUCCUGUUGAGAAUAAAAAAACCUCUGAAUCUUCCUAAAAUUAUUAAAAUGAUGAGGAAACUUGAAAAUGAUUCUCAGAUGCAGCAAUUCCCUAUUUUCUUUUUAGGAAGCUGAUCUGAAUGUGCAAUCCGACCUAGUAUCUUGGUGGCACUUGCUUAGAGAACAAAGAAGAACUAAAGAAGCUAUCUAACAGAAAUAUGAAGCCUCUACUAGGUCAGCAGGAAACAAACUUCAGCCUGUUUCUUAGUGCUGAGGAGGGCUUUGGUUUCCAGUGACUGGAACUCUUUAUCAAGCUUACUGAUUGUGGCAAAUUUCAGGGACUUCUCUCAACACAGGUACUGUAUUUAAUACAGUGCUUGUUCUCAUUCUGUUAAGGAAAGGAUUUCUUUUCAACUUCAGUUUGUCAAAAGAAUACUUGCACAAAUUUUUCAAAGGGAAACUGAAAUUAUUAAAAUAGACUUGAUACUUCUGUAAGUAGCAAACACUUGACCAAAGUCUUAGGGAGAAUUUUCUGUUCAAGUGAAACUUAAUUCCUUUGUUUUUUGGCUUUCAGGUAGCAUUAGCUUUUAACACUAAUGCUAGUACUUGCAGUUAUUUUUGUGCAUAUCACCUACUGCUGCUACUUCUUUUCCAAGUGUUGUUUUUCCCAAAUGUUGAUGAUUUUUAGUGUCUCCUCUCUCCUUCCCCCUAAAUGUAUUUGUAUGUAUCCUUCUAGAAUCUUGAAGCAAGAGAACUUUGUCAGUCUAUUUGAUCUUUAUCUAUUGUAUUAAUUUAUAGUACUGGAAAGGUUGAGGUCUAUCCCGAUAGGAUCUCUUCUGUAGGUUCGUGUCGUUGGAAACGCCUCACAGAACAAACUUGUGGUUUUGCCUUAUCCAUUGAGCUGCUUGUUAGCUCUGUGGGAUAAAAACUGCAAGACAGAUUUCUAUUUGACAUUCUAGGAAUGGAAAUAAUGCUUAUGUUCUCCUUUAGGUACCACCUAUAUGCUUCUGAUAAGAAUGAGAGAUAGAUGGGAAUGGAAAAAUUUGGUAAGAGUCAGAAAUGGUGUUUUACAAUUUGAGAUUUCAAAUAUAACUUGCAUGUUGAAUUACAUGGUUUGAACUUAAGCCAGACUUCAGUGUAGAUACCUUUGUUUCUAAGAACUUUCUAGUUAUUUUGGUUUUAAGUUUUUUGGAUCAGUUGAAGCAGUCUGUUCUCUUUUAAUCUUGAAGGAUUCUUUACUUGCUUAAGCAGCUACUAGUUAAAGAGAAAGAGCACUUUCAUGUCUGUCUGAAAUUAAAGUAACUUCAUAAACAUGCUGCAUUUUUUUUUUGUUCUGUCAAGUGAAUACUUUGUAGUUUCAUACUCAGGAACACAAAAUUGUUUUUGGGUUUCAAAGUUUUUAAUUCCUUAACAACUCAGCUGGUUCAUUACUGAACCAUUAAAAUUCCUGGGUACUUAGCUGUAGAAUAUAUGUUAAAGAAUUACGGAAAGAAGUAUAGAAUGCUUUAUUGUAGACAUACAUAAUAAAAUAACUGAAAGGAUUUCUGAAGCUGUUGCUCAUAAGUGAAGUUAUAAUAGAUUCUCUUUUCCCUUUUAGUUGCAUGACAGUUUUUGUAAGAACCAACAACUUAUUUUAAAAUUCAAACUCCUGAUAAAACACUUAGGACCUAGUGGUUAACAAGCUAAAAUUAUGCACGUUUUAUUUCACAAACUACUGCAGCUGUUGCACUGUAUGGUAUCUGCACCCAACAGCAUUCUCCUGAUGGGAUGUUCAAAAAACAGUGCCACAGUAGUUCAGCAUUUGGCAUCGUUGGUUUUCAUUCUGCUGUGUCUGUUAAACCUGGUAUUUCUGCUGAAACAUCCUUUGGUUCUCUUCAAGAAUUCGAAUGCACUGGCUUUCUACUUAAUGUAGAAAGUGUGCAAACUGGGCACUAGCUCUAAGUGCAUUCACAUUUCUUUUCCUAACAGAUACUCUAGAAUACUGAAUAAGAUGAACUUUGCUUUAAGAGGAUUAGCUGGAAGAUGGUAACCUUUUUGGCAGUGUCUGCUAUUGAGUCACUGACAAUGUCAGGGGCAAGAAGCAACAUUUUAGUGCAGCCAGAGUGAGUCUGAAGGUCCUGGUAACAUUGCUGCAAGGCUGAGGAAGAACAAGACAGUUCUAAAUCAGAUACAAAAAGGACUUUAUAACCUAUUCUGCAUUAAUUAAUUAUAAACAUUAAUUGUAUAACUUUCCUUGGUGCUCUGUAAAUUGAAAUAAUGCAAAAAAGUAUGCAGGACAGGUCAAACAUUAAAGACUGCUGUUACCACUUCAGCCUACUUUGCCCUCUUGGGAAAUGUGAUAGCAAAGCUUAGGACUGUUUCAAAUUAGCUGUCUCCCUUGGAGUUGCAGAAAUGCUUACCAAGCUGAGGGUAGUGAAUUGUGUGGUUCAACUACAAGUGAACUAUCUGUUUCCUCUGCUGCUUUAUCUGACUUGACUGGAUAUUCAGGUUUGAGAGAGGGAGCUGCUUACUCUGUGUAGACUGUCAUAGCAGUUAAAUAAAACUGAUCUAACUGUUUAGAAGGAACAGUUGCAGGCAGGGAUUAUUUCUUCUUGCUACAGUACUGUAUGCAGCUAAAAUGGUGAGUAAAAUGUGGCAUGUUCUUAUCUGUGGCUUGCCGUAGCAAAGUGUUUCUCUACUCUCUUCCAUUCUGAUCAUGGUAGGAAAAAAGGAUGAGAUCAUUCAUCAAAGCUUCUGCAGUGGAGUGAAAGCACCCCUUUCAAAUGCCCUCUGUAAAGAUGAGGCAGCCUACAUAGUUAAUUUGCAACCUUCUGACAAAUUGGGGGCAGGUUUAGCUCAGUUGGUUAGAGCAUGGUGCUGCUAAUGCCAAGGUCGCAGGUUCAAUCUGUAUGGUCUAUGCUGAGGGUUGGACUUGUUGAUCUCCUGAAGUCCCUUCCAACCUUACCAGUCUAUGAUCCUACGAAAUCCUUACACUAACGAGCCUCUACUUAACUGCACAGAAUGACACAGGCUUCUGCUGCCCUAUGCUGUUAAAAAGAGGGGAUAGUUGUUGGAUUCACGUCUUUUCAUCUAGGGUUCUACUUUCACUGACUCCAGAGAGUGAGGAUAGAAGUCUGAAUUAUAUUCUAGUAAUGGUUUACUAAUGCUUAAAGAAUAGCAGUUACCUGUGUAGCAGCUUUUAACUUAACAGUGCUAGGAGAAUGGUAGGGUGUUACUAGUUCUUUUUGCCUCAGGUGCUUUAGGUGUAUCUGAGCUGCAGCAGUGGUUAAUUACCAUUUGCACUGAAUACUAGAAGAAUGGUAUUUAAUUUAACACAAAACAACUUAUUGCAAUAAGUUUUAUUUGAGUAAGUUUUAACACAUAUAUUACAAGAAUGUGAACUUCCUUUAAAACACUAACCUCAGAAAAGGCUUUAUUAUGUCUGUCAACCUGAUCUGAAGCCAGCAGUGCUUAAAGCAGUAGUUCUAUCAGCUUGUGUAGUGAUUUGUCAAUAAAAGAUCUUUGCUACUACAGUGA